CACUCACUCACACAACAUCUUCGCAAGAAGGUGUUCUCAGAGACCCACAGCAGCAGCAGCAGCAGCCAGGAUCAAUGCACACGACCAGCCGGGAAUGAUAGAUACAUAGAGGGGAGAAAGUUCGGUUCGGCAGCCUCAUCGCUGCUGCAGGUCAAGUCUGUCUCUGUCGACAGCCAGCUGACAAAUACAUACAUACAUGGAUUGAGAGGAUGAGGAUGGAGGGAAGAAGGCAGGCCAGGCAGAGCUUCCGGAAGGGAGAAGAAUCUCCAGCCGAAGAUAUAAUGAUAUAAUUGACCUUAGUUAGUUGCUACAGUCAUUCUCGCAUCCAACAUGCAGGGAUGCGUGUCUGUGCAUGGUAUGGUCCCCCAAUGCCAUCCCACACCUGAGCCAGACACGAGACUGGCAUCGUGUGACUAGGGUGAAGGGUGACAACAAGAAACCAUGCAUGAGACACGCAAACACACUGCAGCAGGCAGGGAUGUCGUUCGUCAUACCCCACGACAGACAGAGUGCCGUUCAGCCCUGUCUGUGGUUCUGGUGCUUUCCGAUGCCCCACGCGCACGUGAUCUCUCGCAACCUCCGUCUGGCAGCGAGAAACGCCGUGCGAGGUCCUCACCGCAACCGCGCCAGAACCACAAACCAGCGGAUGGAAAUCGGCUGGCCCACACAGCCACGAAGCAAUAGGCAGACAGUUAGGCAUAGAGGCAGAGAGACGAGAAAGAUAGGGAGGCCCCGAUCCAUUCACAGGCACAGGGAAAUGCAAGCCAGGAGUGAGUCCGUUCUGUACACCCAGGCAGGCCGAUCGCCCAGAAAAGCGACUCAGCACCCACCGCAAACACAACCCAACCCGCCACCACCCACCCCGGGCAUCCAUCCACUCAUUCAGGAUCGCGCAUAAUCCACACGCUGAGGAGGACAGGACAACACACACACACACACACACACACGGCACACAGGGCGACAUCUGAUCUGGCUGGUGCCUGUGUGUGUGUCCCCCAUCCCAUCCAGCCCGCUGAGCUGACCUUUCUGUCCCUGAGUUCUCGUCCGUCGGCCGUCACGCGCACCUUGCGCUCGCGCAGAGGGGGGAAGGGGGGGAUUUCUGAUGGGUGGGUGCCAUGCACACAUGACAUGGACGCCGACAUGGAUGGAUGGAUGGAUGGGGUGUGGUGCUGCAUUGGUGUCCGUAAGGCCUUGUGGUCCGGCUUACGUCUCAUGUGUUCCCUGACGUCCUUGGGGUGCCACUUGUUUGGGUACGGCCGCAGUGGGGGCUGACACACAGCUGCAGCGCACCACACACAGCCAACCACACGCACACGCACACACACACACAUACAUAAGUGUGCAGACAGACCACUCAGUCAAGCCAGGUAGGUGGCGUGACUCACUCACCAUCAAAGUUGAAUGCGUUCGGUGUCUGAAUGAGGAUCGCCAAGGCCCUCUCGAUGUCAUACUUGGCGAAACGCAACACCUGCACACACACACACACACACACACAGAGAGAGAGAGAGAUGCAGCCCUGGAUGUGUGUGUGUGUGUCAGUUGUGGCCUGGCUAGCUGUCUUGCUGGCUCACACCCCGACCGACCGAGAGAGCGAACUCGUCAUAGUAGGGGACAUUGAGCAGCCAAUUCCGCUUCGCAGACGACAGGUAACUCGACACUGACAAAUACACACCAACACACACAUUGCCCCCCUUCCCCUCCCUCCCUCCCUCCCUCUCCCUCCUGUGUGUGUCUCGUCUCUUACAGGCCUGGUGAUGGUCCCCCUCGUAGAAGGGGAUGUCAGUCCCCUCCCCCGGCCCGCCCUCAUCGUCCACCCCGUUCACCAUGCCCCCAUAGAACAUCAUGUGGUGGUGGUGGUUGGCCCGCCGGUGGGUGUCCCGCGCCCUCCUCUCCCGCUGCCGCCGCUUCUUCUCGCGCGCGAAGGCCUGUUCCCACUGGAGGGAUGACCACAGACAGAGGGACCGGUCGCCCGCCAGCUUCUGGUAGUCGACCUCCAUUCCUGUGUGUGUGUGUGGCAGACGGACAGACAGACAGGGGAGAGAGGGAGAGAUGGUGAGGUGCGAGUGCGUGGGGGCGGAAGGAUGUUUAAAAUUGGCUCACCGCUCGGCCCUGCCGUGAGGAAGAUCUCAGGGAUGUUCUUAUCGGGCACCUGACGGACAGAACCGACAGACACAUUUAUUUGAGGCGGGUCUCUCUCUCUGUGUCUGUGUGUGUGUGUGUGUGUGUAUGGGUGUGCGUGUGUGUGUGUGUUAGCGAACCUGGUAGGCCCCUCCGACCCUGAUGUGCCCGCGGCAGGUGCCCUCGCUCUUGGCCUUACGGCGACCUCGACUGACACACAGACAUCCAUUUAUCCAUCCAUCCACGGCUUCCCAUCGCGUCGUGUCUGUCUGUUGCCUUGUCUCUUCCUUACAGGCUGUCGAGGAUCUGCGGUGUCUGCUUCCUCCUCUCCUCAACCACCGCCAGGUAGUUCUGACUCCCACCACUACCGGCUCCACCAGCAGCGCCAGGCUUCUCGCGGAUAACGCCCCGAAGAUCUGAAUGUCAGUCAACCCAACACACAGACAGACAGACACACAUUCAACCGUGAUUUCACUCACUCUGGUCAGUCAGGGUGGGUGUAUAAUGCGUGUGUGUACCUAAUGUGCCGGCGCAGUAGCAGCAUGACCAUUCCACCUCCUCGGGCGGCGGGGAAGACAUCUUCAGACACUGAUACACACACCGAUGGACACACACACACACACAGUUGUCCAAUAGGCAGGCGCUCUGUGCAGUUUUGUUGGCCGCUUGGUUGGUUUCUCGGUGUCCUUACGCUGAUAUGGAAGGCCCUGCGGCAUGUGUCGCAGCACAGCAGCUCGCCGUGAAGCUGACACAACGACACACCACAGACACACCACAGACACACCACAGACAGAGAUGACAUCCCGCCCGCCCCCGUGUGUGUGUGUGUGUGUAUCGCCCCGCCUGCUCUGCUUACGUUGCACAGGUUGCAUACGGAGUCGUGGUCGUCAUCUGAUUCCGGGGCCUUGUCGUCGUCGCGCAUGUGCUUGUUGCCGCGACGUCUCGCGGGGGCUGCUGCAGGCCUCUCGCGCCGACUGGCAAAACAAAACGACACACGCACAUCCACCACACCACAAACUAGAGGGCAUGUCAUGUGUGUCCGUGAGUGAGUGUGUGUGCCGUGCCGGCCGGGUGGUAAUACCCGUUAGCCACCAAUGGACGUCGGUCCCAUGGCUGUCUGUCCGUGGGCGACCCGCUGCCGCUCCUCGACCUACGGCCAUUGCGAACCUCAUCUGCACACACACACACACACACACAAAACACGUGGACGUCUGGCAUCAAUGACACGAGAGGGAGUGAGUGGAUCGCGGCGUGGUUGCUCGCUCACCACACAGGGGGCAUAUCCAGGGAUCAGCGUCAGGUGGGAACUCCCCUAUCCGGAAGCCGGAGCACUGACACACACACGAAUGUGUUUCAUGUCGGCCUGCUGCAGGGGUAUGAGGGCUGGCUGACUCACCGUGUUGUGCCACGCGCGUGGGCAUGUGUCGCAGCAGAUGAGCGUGCCAUGCUUCUGCAGAUCCACACACAUCCACACACACACACACACACAAAACAAUCAUGCCAUGCAUCUGUGUGUGGUCUCAGUGUCCAUCCCACUCCCCACCCCCUCCCAUCCCCUCAUCCCCUCACUCACGCCGCAUUUGAAGCAGACUUCGUCAUGCUGCCCCCUGUAGAGCUCAUGGUCCGCUAUCACCAUGGGCUUCCCGCCCUUGCCCUUGGCUCGCUUCCGAUCACCCCCGCCCCCACUACCACCCACAAUGCAGCCCACACCCACACCCUCACUCCACUGACGCUUCUUCUCGUUCUCGAGAACACCGUUGUGAUGCUGUCGCGGCUGCUGCUGCUGCUGGUGGUGGUUGUCUUGCGGGGAUCUCUCCCCCGCUGCCGCUUCCGCUUCCUCCUCGCUGGCCAAUGGGGGCGAUGCUGGUGAGUCCUUUGGGGCAGAUGGUGGUAUGGGGAUGGCCGGGAGGGGGGGCCGUUCACCAUUAGCUAUGUUCCCAUCAUAUUCACCGUUGCCAUUGCCAUUUGCGGCGGGGGAGGGCGAGCGGGACGACGGGCGGCUGGAGCGCUCGUUGGGGUGAGGGGAGGAGGGGGACGGGAGCAGGGGUGCCUCUGCACACACACAGACACACGCAGACGCGCACACAGGGGUGUGGGUGGGGUGCAGUCACCAUGUGCCAGCGUACCUUGAUUCUGCCGGGUGUCCGUCCCCGGUUGCUCCAUCAUGUGUGUGCUUGUCCCCUGCGCUCUGGCCACCUCCCUCGCCAGUCUGUGGGGCGCCUCCACAAACCACUGGACCAACCCACCAGGGCCAAACCAACGCGCCAGUUCUUGAUCCUCUUCGCUUGAGCAGUCGAACACACGUCACGCGCUACGCCUCCUUUGCUCGUCGGACGGC